AUGCAGCUCGCACAACCUUCGCGCUCGAGGGAGGCUCCAACUCGACGCCCCCAGCAGCCUUUGCUCUCCCCCCUCGGCCCUCGCCACGAUGUCGGAUCGUUUGAAGUAGCAGCCCAAUGUUUUGGGGGGAAGGCAAAAGUGGCGGGAAGAAGCGCAUCCAGCAGCCUCUCUGUGGGGAGGAGCAGCGCCGCAAGGGAGCCCUCUGUGGGGGGGCAAGCGCUGCUUCUUUCGGUGUGCGUCGUUUUUCUGCUUUUUGCGGGAAGCGCUUCAAGCCAGACCGUCACGUUUCGAGACUUGGGAGUGCCUGCGUCGGAAUCUCUGCGUCACGACCCCAACGCCUUUUUCAUCUACGGCUCGAAUGUGAAGUUCGUGUUUCCGAAGGAGGCUGUGGGGAAGCACAACGUCGUGCGCAUCAAGAACCUGCGGCUCUCGCAGGCAAGCAGCGCGGAAAUCGAGCAGAUGCGCGCGCAAGACUUGCUGGCGAGACUGGCACCAAGCAGCAGCGCGCAGAAAGCCCUUCUGGACGUCUCCCCCGCUGGGAUCGAAGUUGUUCUGAUCAAGUACAGGCAGCUGAGACGGAUGCUGACGGAGCCUGCGCCUUUCCCCUUCUGUUGCCACGGCAUGCCCUUCAGUCCUGAGAAACCUUUCGUUCCGACGGCAGAGUGCCCCUAUCCGAAUGCUAUGAGGCGCAUUUUCUGGAGCAGAAGGCCGACUUACCAGCUCCAAGAGCCUCAGCAGACGCCGUCUCCGGAGCAGCACGACUCAAUCCUGCAGUACGAUGGCGAAGAAAUCUAUGUGCGUCCUGUCGCGCUGGCGGGGUCUGCCGAUGCGGAGAAGGAGUUCACAUUUGCUGUGCGAGACUCGGAUAUCUACUUCCUAGUCACUGCCAACUGCGGCCCUUUGAGUGAUCUCACCUUCGAGGGAGAGAUCUCCGUCUCGAACGCCUACGGCAAGCUCCCCGGAUACGAGUACUCCGGCUUCCUGUGCGACUUGGCCUGUGUCGUCGCAUACGCCGUCUUGUCGCUCGUCUGGGGAGUCUGCUUGCUCAGGCAAAAAAAGAACCUCAUCCCCUUCCACUACUGCCUGGGGGGCGUUUGUCUUCUUGGCCUCCUGGAGAGUGCAGCAGAGCUCGCCAGCCUCUACAUCUGGAAUUUCUACGAGCCAAGCAGACCCCUCAUUUGCCUCUCCAUUGCGCUCUGCGUGCUCAAAAACAUCUCCGCCUACGUAUUAGUCCUCCUAGGCGCAAUUGGAUGGAGCAUCACCAGACCGUCGCUCGACAGGCCCACUCGGUACAAGAUACAGCUCAUCGUGUUUACGUAUAUUCUGUUUGAUUCGUUGAGACAGCUCUCCAAUGCAUACGACAACAGCGGCACUUUUUCGUUGCUUCGGAGUCUCAUUGUGCUGCUGCCCAUCAGCGUGCUGAACGUGGUUGUCUUUUAUUGGAUUUUUUCGGCGUUGCAUGACAACAUUGAGCUGCUUACCCGAGAGAAACAGUACGAGAAGCUCCUCAUCUACAGACGUCUCUUUUGUGUUUUGUUUGGUGGACUCUUUCUUGCCACGGGAAUUUUGGUGCUCCAACUCUACGCUGCAGCUCUCGUGAGACGAAAGGCCCCUUUGGACGUAGCUGCACACUUACCGCGCGCAGGCUCUAUCGAAUAA